AUGAAACCGAAGACUUUCGACAUGUGGAUAGUCAUUUUGCUCUGCCUGCUUCCUAAUUGGAAAUUGGAGGCGGAGGCCAAGAAUAAUUUCGAGCUGCAAACGGAUAAUUUUACAUGCAGCAGCGAGGAUAUGAAUUCAAGGAUUCUCAAGGAGUUCCGUUGCGGCAUAAGUAAAAGUGCCAAACGUCGCACUUGGCAUAUGGAGUUUAUGCUCAAGCAACCGGUUGGCGAACAUGAUUUCUUCAUGAAAAUCGUCCUGCCCCGCAGGAGUCCUCUGUCGGACUUUGUCCUGCUUAAUGUGACCACCGAUGGCUGUCAGUUGUUGGCCAAUCGCAAUCAAGUGCCCCUCAUGCGUUUGGGCCGGAACAUCAUGGAGCGCUUCAGCAACUAUCCCAAACAGUGUCCUUUCAAGGCUAAUUUAACCUACUACAUCAGAGGAUUCCGUCUCGACUUAAAUCUCCUGCCCGCCGUGGAUAUGGAAACCCCGGUUCACAUUGAGCUCAGCUAUCGGAGCAAAAAUCAGGGACUCAGUUGGAUCAGCGGCUAUCUGGUGGCACGAGUUCAGCGGAUGAGCGAGAAAAAACGCCCCAAGUAG